UUACGUCACAGCUUCUGUGGAGAAACGCAGACUGUGUUUUUGUUUCAUUGCCACACCGAAUGUUAAGGCUGUGGCCACGAAUUGUCAAUCAUGGCAUCAUGGUUGGCUGAUUGGUCGCUUGUACGGGACCGUGAUGAUGUUGCCAUGUAUGCACGGGUUUGGAUCCCAGAUCCAGAGGAAGUUUGGAAAUCAGCAGAGCUCAACAAGGACUACAGACAAGGAGAUGGAGUUCUGCAGCUUCAGCUUGAGGAUGGGAAGGAACUGGAGUACAAAUUGGACCCCAAGACAAACAACCUGCCGCAUCUGCGUAAUCCAGAUAUCCUGGUGGGAGAGAACGACCUGACGGCUCUCAGUUAUCUGCAUGAGCCUGCUGUCUUACACAACCUGAAAGUGCGCUUCACUGAUUCCAAACUCAUCUACACAUACUGUGGUAUCGUCCUUGUCGCCAUAAACCCAUAUGAGACACUGCCCAUUUAUGGAGCCGACAUCAUUAAUGCGUACAGUGGGCAGAAUAUGGGCGACAUGGACCCGCACAUCUUUGCGGUGGCAGAGGAGUCUUAUAAACAGAUGGCCAGAGAUGAGAGGAAUCAGUCCAUCAUCGUGAGCGGAGAAUCCGGGGCGGGUAAAACCGUCUCCGCCAAAUAUGCCAUGCGUUACUUUGCCACGGUCAGCGGCUCUGCCAGCGAAGCCAACGUGGAGGAGAAAGUUCUGGCAUCCAACCCCAUCAUGGAGUCUAUAGGUAAUGCCAAGACCACUAGGAAUGACAACAGCAGUCGAUUUGGAAAGUACAUUGAGAUCGGCUUUGAUAAGAAGUAUCAUAUCAUUGGGGCGAACAUGAGGACAUAUCUACUGGAAAAAUCACGAGUUGUAUUUCAGGCGGACGAGGAGAGAAAUUAUCACAUCUUCUAUCAGUUGUGUGCGUCUGCUAACCUGCCAGAGUUUAAAGCUCUUAAACUGAGGACAGCAAAUGAGUUUCACUACACCAAACAGGGCAGGAGCCCGGUGAUAGACGGUGUGGAUGAUGCUAAGGAAAUGUCAACCACCAGGAAUGCCUUCAUAUUGCUAGGUGUGAAUGAGUCCUAUCAGAUGGGCUUGUUUCAGAUUCUGGCAUCAAUUUUGCACUUGGGAAAUGUGGAGGUGAAGGACAGAGACUUGGACAGCAGUAUUAUACCACCAAAUAAUGCACAUCUGAGCGUAUUUUGUGAAUUGAUGGGCGUGACAUAUCAAGACAUGUCUCACUGGUUGUGUCAUAAGAAGAUAAAGACAACAACUGAGACCUUCAUAAAGCCCAUCCCUAAACUACAGGCCAUAAACGCCCGUGAUGCUCUGUCUAAGCACAUCUACGCCAAACUCUUCAACUGGAUUGUUGACCAUGUGAACAAAGCACUGCAUUCAUCAGUCAAACAGCACUCAUUUAUCGGAGUCCUAGACAUUUACGGGUUUGAAACAUUCGAGAUCAAUAGUUUCGAGCAGUUUUGUAUUAAUUAUGCCAAUGAGAAACUACAGCAACAAUUCAACUUGCAUGUUUUUAAACUGGAACAAGAGGAAUACAUGAAAGAACAGAUUCCCUGGACUCUCAUUGAUUUCUAUGAUAAUCAGCCAUGUAUUAACCUCAUCGAGGCCAAGAUGGGCAUCCUGGACCUUCUGGAUGAAGAAUGCAAGAUGCCGAAGGGUUCGGAUGACUCCUGGGCUCAGAAGCUGUAUAACACCCAUCUGAAGACUUGUGAACUUUUUGAAAAGCCGAGGAUGUCUAAUAAAGCUUUCAUUAUUCAGCACUUUGCUGAUAAGGUGGAGUAUCAAUGUGAUGGUUUUCUGGAAAAGAAUAAAGAUACGGUGAAUGAAGAGCAGAUCAACGUCCUGAAGGCCAGUAAGUUUGACCUGCUGGUGGAGCUGUUUCAGGAUGUGGAGAAAGCCACGAGUCCGACAGGUGCUGCUCCUGCCCCUGGAGGGCGCACUCGUCUCAGUGUUAAACCAGUCAAGAGCAAAGCUGGUCAAUCCAGCAAAGAGCACAAGAAGACCGUCGGACUGCAGUUCCGGAAUUCUCUGCAUUUGCUGAUGGAGACGCUGAAUGCCACUACACCACAUUACGUUCGCUGCAUCAAACCCAACGAUCACAAAUUUGCCUUCACGUUUGAUCCUAAGAGGGCAGUACAACAGCUCCGUGCAUGUGGAGUUUUGGAAACCAUCCGGAUCUCUGCUGCUGGUUUCCCAUCUAGGUGGACGUAUCAGGAGUUCUUCAGCAGGUAUCGUGUCCUGAUGAAACAGAAAGAUGUCUUGACAGAUAAGAAGAUGACCUGCAAGAACGUCCUGGAGAAACUUGUGCAGGAUCCAGAUAAGUACCAGUUCGGGAAAACCAAGAUCUUUUUCCGGGCCGGACAGGUCGCGUACCUGGAGAAACUGCGUGCAGAUAAGUUGCGUGCCGCUUGCAUCCGCAUCCAGAAGACCAUCCGUUGCUGGCUGGCACGUAAGAAGUACCUGCGCAUGAAGAACGCCGCCACAACCAUCCAGAGAUUCGUCCGUGGAUACCAGGCCCGCUGCCUCGCCAAAUUCCUGCGUCGCACACGGGCCGCGAUCGUCAUCCAGAAGUAUCAGCGCAUGUAUGUACAGAGGACGUCCUACAAACGCAAACAGGCCGCAGCUCUGGUCAUGCAGUGCAUACUCAGAGCAUACAUGGCAAGACAGCUUUAUAAAGCGCUUCUGCGUGAGCACAAGGCCAUCAUCAUUCAGAAGAUGGUGCGCGGCUGGUUGGCGCGUCAGUGGUACAAGCGGUCGCUGCGAGCCAUCGUGUACCUGCAGUGCUGCAUCCGGCGCAUGCGAGCCAAACACGAGCUCAAGAAACUCAAGAUCGAGGCCCGAUCGGUCGAACACUUCAAGAAGCUCAACAUCGGUAUGGAGAACAAAAUCAUGCAACUGCAGCGCAAGAUAGACGAACAGCACAAAGAGAACCGUGCUGUCAGCGAGCGCUUGAACGGUCUGGAGAUCAGUCAUGCUGCAGAGUCCGAGCGUAUGCGGGGAGAGCUCACGCGUCUGCGAGGGGCAGAAGAGGAGGCUAAAAACAAUGCCAACAGAGUCACAUCUCUCCUGGAGGAGCUGGAGCGUCUGCGUAAAGACCUACAGAACACACAGAAGGAGAAGAAGACCAUCGAGGACUGGGCACAAAAAUACCAGGAUGAGAUGGAGCAGAUGAUCUCCGAAUUGAAAGAGCAGAACCACCUGCUGAAGAACGAGAAAGACGACCUGAACCGACUGAUCCAGGAACAGAGCCAGCAGUGGACAGAGAAAAUGCAGAGGGCUCUGAAGGAGGAAACCCAGCAGUUAGAAAGCGAUUUAAACGAGGAACGCUCUCGCUAUCAGAACCUGCUUUCAGAGCACCUCCGACUGGAGGAGAAAUACGACGAUUUGAAAGAGGAGAUAACCCUGGCAGUGAACAUUCCCAAACCCGGGCACAGACGUACAGACUCCACGCACAGCAGCAACGAAUCCGAAUGCACAUACUCAGAGUUUGCCGAGUCAGAGGAGGGGUCUCGCGGAGGAGAGGAUGUUUCCAAAGGGAUACUGGAUAUGUCUCUGUUCCUGAAGCUGCAGAAGAGAGUGUCCGAACUAGAGCAAGAGAAACAGUCACUGCAAAACGAACUCGAUCGCAGAGAGGAACAGUUUCAGCGGGCUAGAGCCAGGGAUGAUGAGGAACACAAGAAAUCUCGCAGCGCUGAACUGGAGUAUGAAUCUCUCAAGCGUCAGGAGCUGGAGUCUGAGAAUAAGAAGUUGAAACACAAUCUAAAUCAGAUGCGUCAGUCUCUAAGAGGCCAGACUGAGGCCAGAUCCGCCGCUCCCGGUUCUCCUGCGUACGUGGUUCUUCUGGACCAGCUGAACGCCUCCAAUGAGGAGCUGGAGGUGCGUAAGGAGGAGGUGCUCAUCCUGCGAUCUCAACUCGUCAGUCAGAAAGAGGCCAUGCAGCACAAGGCGACCAUGACUGAACCUUUGCCCUACAUUGAGGAUGUGCAGAAGUUGACUGAUGCCAAGGAGAUCUCGCAGGCGUACAUGGGCCUGAAAGAUACCAACAGAUCACCCAGAUUUGCGCGCAGACCGACUGAAGUUAAUGAGCUUGUGAACAGGUUGAGAUCUCCCUUCCCUGACUACCAUAAGAUGAAUGAGGAUGGGGAACUGUGGCUGGUAUAUGAAGGGUUAAAGGAAACAAACAGGUUGUUGGAGUCUCAGCUGCAGGCACAGCGUCGGUCUCAUGAGAAUGAGGUGGAGGUUUUGCGUGGAGAGCUCCAGAGUGUUAAAGAGGAGAAUAACCGGCAACAGCAGCUCUUGGCUCAGAACCUUCAGCUUCCUCCGGAGGCCAGAAUCGAGGCCAGUCUGCAACACGAGAUCACACGUCUCACCAACGAAAACCUGGAGCUUCAUUCUGAUGACCCAAAGGAAUAUAAAGCCUACAGAUUCAGCAUUUUACGCAGAAUGAUUGACCUCAUGGAGCAGCUGGAGAAACAGGACAAGACGGUUCGCAAACUAAAGAAACAGCUCAAAGUCUUUGCCAAAAAGAUCAACGACCUUGAAGGUGGUCAGAUGGACGUGUCUCCAGGACAGACGACUGACGAGCCCGUUCACCCGGUGAAUAUUCCACGCAGAGAGAAAGAUUUCCAGGGAAUGCUCGAGUACAAGAAAGAGGAUGAGCUCAAACUGGUCAAAAAUCUCAUACUAGAGCUGAAGCCUCGUGGUGUGGCAGUGAAUCUGAUACCGGGUUUGCCCGCAUACAUUCUCUUCAUGUGUCUGCGUCACGCUGACUACGUCAAUGAUGACCAGAAAGUGCGAUCGCUACUCACCUCCGUCAUUAACAGCAUCAAGAAGAUCCUCAAGAAACGAGGUGAUGACUUUGAGACGGUUUCCUUCUGGUUGUCGAACACGUGUCGGUUCUUGCACUGCCUAAAACAAUACAGCGGAGACGAGCAAUUCAUGAAACAUAACUCCCCGAAACAGAACGACCAUUGUCUCUCCAACUUUGACUUGGCCGAGUACCGACAGGUCCUCAGCGACCUGGCCAUUCAGAUCUACCAGCAGCUCAUCAAGUGUAUGGAGAACAUCCUACAGCCCAUGAUCGUCUCCGGCAUGCUGGAACACGAAACCAUUCAGGGCGUGUCGGGGGUCAAGCCCACGGGUCUCCGUAAAAGGACGUCCAGCAUCGCCGAUGAGGGAACGUAUACGUUGGACUCCAUCAUCCGCCAGCUCAACACCUUCCACUCCAUCAUGUGCCAGCACGGGACAGACCCAGAGCUUAUAAAACAAGUGGUCAAACAGCAGUUUUACAUCAUCGGCGCCGUCACGCUUAACAACCUGCUGCUGCGUAAAGACAUGUGCUCCUGGAGCAAGGGCAUGCAGAUCAGGUAUAAUGUGAGUCAGUUGGAGGAGUGGUUGAGAGAUAAGAACCUCAUGGUAUGCGGUGCUAAAGAAACACUGGAGCCGCUGAUUCAGGCCGCACAACUGCUUCAGGUUAAAAAGAAAACUGAUGAAGAUGCCGAAGCCAUUUGCUCGAUGUGUAACGCUCUGUCUACAGCACAGAUCGUGAAGGUGCUGAACUUGUACACACCUGUCAAUGCGUUUGAAGAGCGUGUGUCGGCACUGUUCAUAAGGACUAUACAGACACGUUUACGAGAUCGGAAGGAGUCACCUCAGCUGCUGAUGGACACCAAAAUCAUCUACCCCGUGACCUUUCCUUUUAACCCAUCCUCUCUGGCACUGGAAACCAUUCAAAUCCCCAGCAGCCUCAAUCUGGGCUUCCUUUCUCGUGUGUAGACCUGAGUCACCUCAUCUCAGCCAAUCACAUGGCAGGAACUACAUUUUAAUAUAUAUAUAUAAAGUAAAUAAUUGUAAGUAAAUAAACCACAUACUCAAAAGAGAAAUGCAGUUCAGACCUUUUAAACCAGUCUCACAAAAAAUGCCUUUCUUCAAAUUGGAAAAGGCUUAGUUUUGUUUGAUUGAACAUUGUGAUAUUGUUAGCAUUACAUUUUAUUUACCUCUCCUAAAUUCUUUAACGCAAAAAAAUCUUUGAAAAAAUCCAAUUUAAUUAAAUUCAAAUUGUUAUGUGUAAGAGAGCUGUUUGAGAUGAGAGGUACAUACAUAAAAGUAGCAGUUGCGUUGCUUUAAUUUAUGAUGAGAAACCUAAAAAUACUGUCAUAAUUUUAACUGUAAAACUGAAAUCAGAAACACAAUUGACAUAAAAGUAACUCAAUAGCAAAUCUGAAUGCUUCACAGUAAUAACAAUAAUGAAGGAAAUGUGCUUUCAUGAAAAUAAUGUCACAAUGCGUACAACAUCUUAAUAUUGAAAUUUUUUCAUAGUUUUGCACUGUUGCAAAGCAGUGAAUCUUUUUGUGAGAUUAAUCCCAAAAGGUUUGAUUCUUUAGGGAAGUUUUUAUGGCCAUAAGUACACAACGUUUUGGUUAUGGAAGAUGAAUGCCAAAAGGUCAAAAUCACUACACAAAUGCCUGUUGGCUAUCAAUCCAGAAUAUUGUUGCAGGGCUGUAUAAUGUUAUACAUAUAUAAAUAUCUAUGAAUAUGUAUGAUGUUAGGAUAUUUUAUUUAUUGCUUUGCCCAGUCAGAUAUUUUCUCUCUUGAAUGCUAUAGCCAACAUAGAUAUCCAGUCACAGGACGUCCUCUAUCAGAUUCAUAUCAGGCCUUUGAGCUCUGCUGACUUCAUUAAUGUGCGUAGAUGUUUAUUUGUUAGUAUUGUAUAUUUUGUAAUGUUGAUUAGCUAUGAAAUAGUCACGUCUGGUGUUAACAGGCAGAAAGGAAACUUUGCAUCCAUGCACUGAGCUUUUCCUCUUCUUCAUGAGCUUCCUCCUCAUCCUCAACAUUAUUUUAUUUUCUAAUAAGAUACUAGGGUCCUGGUGGGUGGGAUCACAGUAAACUAUCCCUACACUAUAGUAUAGUGAGGCGACAGAUGAUUGAGUCCUUUAGAUGAAUCUCAUGACCAUGUCACUUAUUAUUUAUGACCCAGAUGUUUCUCGACAGUUUUCAUGAUGUUCACGGCGGUGUCUUUUAUGCACAAAGACUAUAAAGACAACGCAAAGCACUGACUAUUAUUUACAAGACUGGAAGAUGUCAAGUCUGCUGUUAUUUAUUUCAGUAUUAUAUGAUUUUAACAAUUACAAACAGUUACUUUCACAGCAUGUGCUGUUUUAUGGUUUAUUUAAUGUGAUAUCUGUCUUUUGUGUUCAUGUCAGUAUUAGCUUGAAUGGUUCAGACAGUUUUUCUUGAGCAGUUUAUUUUCAUUUCUACAUUAACUUCUGUUACAGCAGUCACCUUAUAACACUCAUACCAUAGUUCAGUGUGUUAUUGAUCAUUAUUCAUCUGAUCAUGUCACGCUUUUACUGUAGUUACAGUCUUUUCUGUAUAACACACACACACACACACACACACACUAUUAUAUCUGUCUCAACUGCUUUUAUGGUUGUUGUUGACAUGCAAUACAAGUACUGUAGAGAUGAGACUGUGUAUUACACUGCAAAAAAAAAGUAUCCAGUACAAUAUCUUUAAGCCAAACAUAUUAACUGAAAAAGCAAAUGUAUGCAUAAUAACUUCAUUGGCAAAAGAUUUUGGGCAUUUUCAAGCAAAUCUAACAACAUUUAUUGAGGUUAAAACAAACAAACCUAAAUUUCCUAAUAAAAAAUUAUAGAAAGAAUAUUACUAUAUAAAUAAUGUUAUCUUACAUGAUUUUGCUUCUUUGGUAAAUAUUUUUAUCUUGAAUUGUGGCAUACAGCUGUAUUUGUCUAAGUGAAUAUCUAUAACAAAUUCAGUACAGUCCUGUGAUGUGUCAAUAGAAAUGCACAUCUGUACUUUAAAAUGCACAUAUUCUCACUACUGUAAUGUGGUAAAAUACUAUAAGAUUUUGCUCCUACACUGUUAGAAAAAAAUGGUCCCAAGCAGGUGGUCAACCUUUAUAAAGGUCCUAAAUGUAUUUAUUUAGGCAAGGCAAGUUUGCACAUGUAUCAGCAUGUUUCGUACACUGAGGUCAUUUAAAAUGUGAUACAUGCAUAUGAUACCAAUAUGUACCUCUAAUAUAAACUAUUUAGGUGCAAAGGUGUGAUUUUACGGAGGGACCAUUUUUUUCUGACCGAUGAGAACACAUAUUUUUUAAUUAUUUGAUGGCUUUCUUAAAGCAAAACAAGAAAAAACUGAAAGUGAUUUUUUGCAGUGUAUAUUUAGAUCAGUUUAACUCAUUCCCUGCCAGCCUUUUUUUUAAGUUGCCAGCCAGCAAUUUUGGUGAUUUUUACAAAAUGCCUUCCAGGAAAAUGUUCUUCUAUAAAUGUAUUAACAUACAAAUAUAUCAAAUGAAAUAACAGACCCUCUGCUUUUAAACAUACAAACAAAAUGGGAAAAAAUUGUUUCAUCCUAUCUUUUUUAUCACCUCAUAACUAUGGGUAGGUUUCUUCAAAAAGACAAAAUUUUGAGCAAAAAGCUGAAAUAAUUGCAUUUUUGUAAAGGAAUUUUGUUAGAGAUCAGACUCAGAAUGGUUAUCAAAACAUACACAGAGUUUAAAUGUUGAAAAAUGAGUUUAUGCUUGAGUUUUUUAUAAAUUGGGUAUUAUCUAGUGGAGAAUAGCAGAAUUACAGAUUGCGGUAAAAACUCAUCAGGAAAACAUCAUUGGUAGGGAAAUGUUUUCUCAUAAUUGACGAGAUAACUCGUUAAUGGCGGAGAAAGAGUUUUUGUCACUAUCAAGAGUCAUUUUUUUUAAUCAUGGGACCAUUUUGUGCUCAAUGUGAUGUUUACUUUUUAUAGUGUUUUUUUUUUGUUUGUUUAGAAUGAUAAGAUAGAUUUACAAAUGCAAUCUGUUAAAGGUGCAUUUCACUUUACAGUGAAGAUAAUGAAGUUGUACUGAAACACAAACAGCUGAAAAUGUAAAACCUGAAUGUUAUAGUUCAUACAUGAGUUUAUUUACAGUGUCAUAUAAGCCUUACCUCUGAUAUGUAACUCUAACAUCAGUUUAUUAUGUUAUAUUUUUACGUUUUAUUUUCACUUGAACACUGUAAAUCCAUGUUAAAGCAGAUUUCAGAAAUGUCAUGUUUAGAUUAGUUAUUAGUUAUUUGAACAUUACCUAUGCCUCUCCAUUACCUAUUCAUUUGCAUUACAUUCUCUGGUCUUUAAAAACCUUUGCAUUACUGUAUAUAGCGAGUCGCCUUGCGGGCCACAGCUCUGGUUUCUCUUCAGAUGACUGAAUCAGUUUUCUGCUGUAUCUUUGAUAGGUUUGUCAUCUAUCACACAUGCACAUCAUGGUAACAGCAGUCAGUCUAGAGUCUGAUCGUGUCACUUAUGAUCUGACUGGUCUCAUGCUUGUAUAAAAGCAUAGCUUAUACAGACAUUGUUAUUCGCUGUAGUAAUGCUAAACAUCAGCUGAAUGCCUCGUGUGUUUGGUUCAUGAUUUACAGGAUCGAGGUCUCUGGCGUGAAGGGUUUGUUGUUCCUGUAGCUGUAAUUAUUUCAUGUGUUCAUUGAUGCAGUUUCAUGAAGUGAUCUACUAAUGUCAAAACCUGUUCAAGUCCAAUAAAUGAAUUCAGCACUA